AUGGAGCACUGGAAGGAUGAGUCCUGCAUCCUGUGGACUGGGAGUUCUAGCCAAACUCCAAUUGUAAGAUUUCGAGCAGAAGCUUUCACUGGAGAGUCACCUCUACACGAGGUGGGGGAACGUUGCCACCUUUCUUAUAACAUGGGAGGUGGAAAAAGUCGCCUGGUCCGCAACAUUCUGUCCGCACAUGGGUUCCAGGAGGUUGAAUCUAGCAGCCAAUAUUUCAAUGUGAUGUGGACAGGGCCCUUCCAAAACCAGAGUGUCUUAAAAAAUCUUUCUGGGUUUCAGCGAAUCAAUCACUUCCCCAAAUCUGGCAUUUUAGGCCAGAAGGAUCUACUGUACAAAAAUCUUCGAAAGCUACAGCAGAAACAAAGUAACCAGAGAUUUGACUUCCUGCCUGAGACCUAUGUGCUCCCUACAGAGUACCAGAACUUCUCCAGAGCUAUAUUAAAAGAUCGAGGUACUUGGAUUGUAAAACCAGUUGCUUCCUGUGAAGGCCGUGGAAUAAAACUUAUUGAUUCCCUAUCUCAGAUAAGCAAGGAAGAUAGGGUUGUGGUUUCCAAAUAUAUCAGUAAUCCCCUUCUCAUCAAUGGCUUCAAAUUUGAUCUCCGCCUCUACGUACUGGUCACAAGUUAUGAUCCCUUAGUAAUUUAUCUGUACCAGGAAGGUAUCACAAGGUUUGCUACAGCAAAAUAUCAACUAAAAGAAAAGACCAUGAGUAACAAGUUUAUGCACCUGACCAACUACAGCAUAAACAAGAAGAGCUCAUCUUUUGUGAGAUGUCAUAUCCCAAAUAUGGAUGACUAUGGCAGCCAGUGGACUAUGAGCGCUAUGUUACGUUAUUUGAAGAACAAUGGAAAAGACACAGCAACGCUCAUGUCCAAAAUCGAGGACCUUGUCAUAAAGGCAAUUAUAUCAGCAGAAGGAUCUAUUGCCUUAUCAUGUAAAAUGAACCUUGCUCACAAAAGAAAUUGUUUUGAGCUCUAUGGAUUUGAUGUUAUAAUUGAUGAAAACUUAAAACCAUGGCUUCUGGAGAUUAACUUGUCUCCAUCUCUUGGUUGUGAUGAUGUCCUCAAUUUAAAAAUCAAGAGCAACUUGAUGGCAGACACACUUACCCUAGUCGGUGUGGAAUGUAAGAAUCCCCAGCAAAAAAACAAAGCAGGAGGCAUAACAUCAAAUAACACAGUAGGACAGAGCAAGAGCAGACAAUUUGAUGAGGAGAACUUUCAAUGGGUUAAUGACCAAGAGGAAGAGAGGAGAGGCGGUUUUGUUAGAAUAUUCCCCACACAAUAUACAUGGGAGCGUUAUAGUCAUCUAUUGACAUUUAAGACCAUGAAUCAAGCCCUGGAUAAGUAUCUUUAUGGAGACAAACCAGCAGGGCAUGAAAUCAGCAAAAGUGUACAACAGCAGCACUCAGAGCAGUACGAACGGAAGCUGCCCCCCUUACAACAAACAAUGAUGCAGUACCAGACACAGACAAUUAAGUCAGCUGAUGUUUCCAAAACAUGUCACCAAAGUCCCGGAAAAAGCAUCCCAGAGGUGGGGAACAGAAGAAAUAUUGCAAGAACAUCACUCUGCAGUGAAAGGGAAGCUGUCCCGGAGUUGGGGAGGAGAAAAUCUGGAAAUAUUGUGGGUACAUCUUUCCACACCAGCAGGCAAGUUGUGUCAGUUGUGAGGGGCAGGAAACCAGUAAAUUAUGAGGAAAAAUGUUGCCGCAGUGGAAGUAAGACUGUCCCAGAGGUGGAGAAAAGACAUGGAAACAUUGCACAAACAUGUCACCACAGUGGAAAGAAAGCAGGCCUUGAUUUAUGGAGCAGAAGCCCAAGUGGCACAAAGCCCAAGACUUUGGACACACACAUUGGCUCUGCUGGUGAUAAGAAGAAGCCACCAAAGAUGGAGAGCGCAAGGACAGAAUGUUUGUGGCACCAAAACGAGGCACUUUUGAAAAAACGUUCCAAAGAGAUUUCCAACAUAUGUGAUGGCUUUUCAUCAUUUUACAAACAGGCCUUCUCAGAAAUUAAACGUUUAUAG